UUCUUCAACGGCUAACCCUCAUUUUCAAAAUCAAAACUCGUACAAAUCGCCAAGAGAGUUACGAGAUCUGAAAAAACACUAUUGAAGGAGGUCGAGGAAGAGGAGGCGAUGGAGAACCAACGAGCCCCGGAGAAGACGAUCCCCGUCUUCACUGUGCUAAAAAACGGCGCGAUUCUCAAAAACAUAUUCGUCGUCAACAACAGUAGUCCCGAUUUCUCUUCGCCGGAGGCAGAGGAGAUUCUGCUCGUCGGCCGGCAUCCGGACUGCGAUAUUCUCCUGACGCAUCCUAGCAUCAGCAGAUUCCACUUGCAGAUCCGCUCUCUCCCCUCUCGUCAGAAGCUCUUCGUCACGGAUCUCUCCUCUGUGCAUGGGACAUGGGUUGCGGAUCAGAAAGUUGAGCCAGAUGCGUGUGUUGAGGUGAAGGAAGGUGAUGUUAUUAGGAUUGGGGGUUCGACUAGGAUCUAUAGGUUACAUUGGAUUCCACUGAGCCGUGCGUAUGAUUCCGAUAAUCCAUUUGUUCCACCAUCUAUACCGAUGGAACAAGAUGAAGAGCUUGAAGCAGAAAAUCUAGUGGUUGCACAUCAGUCAGGUGAUGAUGGAGAUGGACUUUUGGAUGUGACGUCUGAAGGAAGUGGUUCAUCAGUAGUCCCUAGUGAGGAUGAGGAUACAACAAGGGAAGUUUUGUUGCCAGUUGCACCUCCUAGAGAUUCUGUCAAUACAGAAAAGCUACAAUCCAAUGAAGAUUUGCAGACUUCAUCAAAGUUGGAGUUGGAUGCUGAAGAAGCCGCAGCAGAAAUGCCAAUUAGCAGUAGCUACCCGGAGGCCUUAGCUUGUUAUGAACCUAAAGUUCCUGCAGAAGCUAAUGAAUGGGGUGUCAGAGGAGACGGUGGUCUGCUUCUGGAUGUGAUGUCAGAGAUGAUAGAGUCAUCAGUCCCUAAUGGGGAGGAGGAUCCAUGUCUAGCUGCAAAGGAGACUUCAUCGCUUCCUCUCCCACGAGAUUCCACUGAGACAGAAGAUCUACAGCUCACAGAUGUUAUAGAAGCCAACACAGAAAAUUCAAGUAGCUGCAGCUCCCUAAGAAAGGCACAGAUUGAUGGUGUCUUUGAAGACUCAGGUUGUGCUUCUUUUGAAUUGGCUGCAGAGGCUGAGACUUUGAGCCUUUGUCAAGAAGUCUGUGGAGAAAAUCAAAUGGUUGCACUUCAGUCACUAGCGGAUUCAGGUGAUGAUGGAGAUGGACAUUUAUAUGUGACGUCUGAAGGAAGUGGUUCAUCAGUCCCUAGUGAGGAUGAUGAGGAUACAACAAGGGAAGUUUUGUUGCCAGCUGCACCUCCAAGCGUUUUGUCGUCACUACCUAGAGAUUCUGUCAAUACAGAAAAGCUACAAUCCAGUGAAGAUUUGCAGACUUCGUCAAAGGGGGAGUUGGAUGUUGAAGAAGCCGCAGCAGAAAUGCCAAUUACCAGCUGUGGCUCAAGUAAGCCGCAGAGUGAUAGCUACCCGGAGGCCUUAGCUUGUUCUGAGCUUGAAGUUCCUGCAGAGGCUGAUGAAUGGGAUGUCAGAGGAGACGGUGGUCUGCUUCUGGAUGUGAUGCCAGAUAUGAUAGAGUCUUCAGUCCCUAAUGGGGAGGAUGAUCCAUAUCUAGCUGCAAAGGAGACUUCACCGCUUCCUCUCCCACGAGAUUCCACUGAGACAGAAGAGCUACAGCUCACAGAUGUUGUCCAGGCUUCAGCAGAAUUGACCGUGGAUAUUAUAGAAGCCAACACAGAAUAUCCAAGUAGCUGCAGCUCCCAGUUCCUAAGAAAGGCACAGAUUGAUGGUGUCUUUGAAGACUCAGGUUGUGCUUCUUUUGAAUUGGCUGCAGAGGUUGAGACUUUGAGCCUUUGUCAAGAAGUCUGUGGAGAAAAUGAGUGUGACACCAAGCAAGUAAUGGAAGUAUAUGCUGAACCACUAACUGAGGCUGAAAAUCAGAUUCACGUAGACAAUGGAGAAAUUGAGGUAUCUCCCAGUUCCUCUUCUCAAUCUGACCGACUGAUAGAAAUUUUAACUGAAGAUGGCAUAAGCGAUGAUGCACUGUCUCAGAUGAAUAGCUCUAGGAGCGGUAAAUCUGCUUUUGUUCCAUUACUUGAAUCCCCGGGUUGUUCUGCAUUUGAACUGUCUGCAGAGGUUGAGAUUAUGAGCCCUCGUCAAGAAGUCAGCGAAGAAAUAGGUUUUGUGACAGAGAAAAUAGAGGAAGCAUCUACCGAACCACUAACUAAAGCUGACGUUCAGAGUCACCAAGAGAAUGGAGUUACUGAGGUCUUUAGGCCAGUUAUUGAAGUAUCUUCCUGUCCUCAAAUUGAGCCAAAGUUAGUAGGAGAUGCCCGAGGCCUCUUAGACUCUGAAGUAGCCAUAGAGGCCGAUAGUCAGAACCUACAGAAAAAGAGCAACAGAGAAACCAGGAUCAGUUCAAGCGAAGUCAGUAUAGUAUCUGAUUGUUUGUUCGCUGGCAAGACGGAAGAUAUCCAAAGUCUAUGGUCGAGUAGGCAGCUACUUCCUGAGAGUGAACUCGGGGAUCCAUCUGAGAUCUUGAGUGAAGUGAACCUCGCAGGAAAUCAGAACAAAAUAUCAGCAAUGAGCAGAGAGACUGAACAAAUAUUUGAUGAUGGGAGAAGCUCGGGCCAUCCCGAGGAACAAAAACAGAGUGGUGCACAACGUUUCUUGUUGACACCAAAUCAGGAAUCCAAAACAGAAAUCUCAUUUGGCUCUGGGAAAUCUGAAGAAUCUUACAGCCUAAGCGAAAUAGAGGGAGAAGGAUAUGCUGAUAAGGAGGCUACAAAACCUACUCAAAAACUGCCUUCUGAUUAUACUGGAAGCCAAGAAAACCAGAGUCCCCAAACACUCGCUGUUAGAUAUGAUGUACUGUCUGAGAUGGAUAGCUCUAGAAGCUCCUCGAGCACAAACAAUAUUUGGUCUAGGAGGGGGAAAGCUGCUUCUGUUCUACAGGUCCGGACCAACAAGAGUGAAGGAAAGCAAAAACAGAUUGGGAAACCAAAAGCCCAGUUGCAGAGAAAACUAGAACCAGAGAUCUUUACUCCUGACAAGGAGAAUCUGACCCCAAACUCUCAUAUGCUAAAACGCUUGCGAGAAGUUGGUGAGAUUAAGGAUACUAAAGGUUCCUCCUCUAAGGCAAUACGUAAACCAUUCUUUGAUACUCAUGUGGAAGAAAACCUGAUGGUCGAACAGAAACAAGAUGCUCACUGCAUGAGCAGCAACUCAAAGGUAGCUCAUGAGCCUAUGGCACAAAAGAAGAAAGCUGAACGAGCACCUUUUCAACAUCUGCUUGACAAAUCUUCAUCGCAGAGCCAAUCAUACACCGAGGCUUCUUCUACUGCAGCAGCACGAACCAACAUUUCUUGGGGGCUUCGUUCGUCUUCUAACCUUUCUGAUGGUAAGAACAAGAUGAAAUGGACCAUUGUGUUGGACACUUCUUCCCUCCUCAACAAGGAAUCUAGGAAACCAUUGCACCUACUCCAAGGUCUCAAGGGGACACAUAUAGUCGUACCAAGAACAGUGUUAAGGGAACUAAAUGAGAUGAAGCGCGGUCGCUGUCUUCUGUUUAGUAGAACAGCAGAGAUGGCUUCCUCAGCUCUGGAUUGGAUCGAAGAGUGUAAAGUUAGUACCAAAUGGUGGAUUCAACUCCAAAGCCCAUCAGAGGAAACUAAAGCAACUGCACCAACACCACCAGUCACUUCUCAGUCAAAUGGAUAUUCAUUUCCGUUUUCACUUGACUGGAAUAGUUAUGCACCGGAGAUCGAUUCUCCUACAUCAGAAGAUCAAGUUCUCGAAUGUGCACUUCUUCACAGAAACCGUAACAGAGAUGUACAACUCGUUCUUCUUAGCAACGAUGUAACUCUCAAGAUCAAAGCCAUGGCAGAGGGUGUAAUGUGCGAGACGGCACACGAGUUCUACGAGAGUCUGAAGAAUCCGUACUCGGAGAGGUUUAUGUGGCCAGAGAGUUUGCCGAGAGGAAGGACUUGGAGUCAUGAAGACGAUACUGUGUUUAGAGAAAGGUACGACAACCGGAAGCUAACGUUCAAUGGAGGAAGAAGAGGAGAGAUUGGUGCAACAGCAGCAAAAGGCUUGAAGCUCAUACUGCUCUAUAACUCUCAGUAUGGCCACAUUCGUUGAUGCAUCUCUUUUUUUCGUUCUCAAAUUUCAUGUAAGCCAAAUCACUUCAACUCGCUUACACAUGGGAUUUUUUUUAGGGUAAUGACAUUUUCAUAUCAUCAUGACAUUUUGUUGUUGGAGUUACAUCUGUCUUCGUCGUACCUUCGAAAAUUAGAAUCUAUUCUAUUAAAAUAGAAGUUACAACCUCA